AUGAGCAAAUAUAUCUCCAUAUCUGAAGAUUGGGUGAAAGAUAAAGUCAAAAUUUCCAGCGAAAACUUAGAGGAUAUAAAAACACUGAUUUUGCAGGGAAAUUAUGAGGAGAAAAUAAAUUGUCUUGGGACCGCUUUAUUACAUUUUUCAAGGCUGAAAAUCCUUGAUCUAUCAAGAAAUGUCCUGAAGUCAAUUAGGGGUAUUGAGCACAUCAAGACUUUGGAAGUUUUAAACCUGUAUUACAACAGCAUUGAAGAUAUUAAUGAACUUAGAGUUCUGGCUUUUAACAAAAAUAUUAAAGACCUUGAUCUUCGAUUGAAUCCAGUGUCACGUUUGAACUCAGAUUACAGGUUGUAUCUCACAUACAUCCUUCCUAAACUAAAAACUCUAGACUGUCGUUUGUUGAGAGACGCAGAACGGAAAGCCGCUAUUUCUUUCUUCGGAUCUGAUCCUACAGUUGAUUUAUGCCCAUUAGCUAUGUUGCGAAAACUUGAUGAUAUGCGAAUCAGUAAGGCUAAUAAAACUAGACAUGAUCAUAGUCCACAAUUUGUUGAAAAGUCUGACCGUUUGUUGAAAUAUUAUCAGGAUAGUAAUAAUAACAAUAAUAAUCAAACUAACAAUAAUUCCCCUCCAAAUCUUGAAAUCUGGUCUAAUGACACUCAUCCAUUACAUAACGCCUGCUUAACAUAUGAACCAGAAGCUUAUGAUAUGCUAUCUAAAUCACAAGAUCCAUGGACAACUAAUUUUCUUCGUUUGAAUCCCAAAUCUAGACUGAUGCCAGCAGCAGUUGAUCCUCCAAGAGGUGUAAAGCAUGCAGAGUUUUAUAAUGGGAAAGAAAGGUUACAAACAGAGUUAGAAAUGACUGUCCCUGGGAGAAAAGAUAGAAUUAACGAAAAAGAAAUCACGGUUGAUGUUAAUGGCUAUCAACCGCAUAAGGAUCCAAGUGAACGAUGCUUAUCUGUUGGCCCUUCGGAAGUUAAAUUAAGUAAUGGUCCACGUAUACCGCCUCGUGGUAAACGUUUCACACCGUCCGCAUUGCUAUCCAAUGGCUGCAUGAAGAAAAAUCCUGCAGAACACGUUACUGUGGAAUCCGACAAAUAUUUAGACUCUUCAUGGACGAGAAAUGAGCUGGAAAACAAUUUACCUGAUAAAACAGACCAGGCAUUCUUUCUCAUUAUGAAGAAUUUUAUCGAGGAGGCAGUUUCAGAAAGUUUCGCUCGCUACAAGCUGGCUGAGUUAAAGAGUAGUCUGUCAAAAUUUUCACCCUCAAUAGUGAAUGAAUCUGGGGUUACUGGAAUCUCCGCGCUACCACAUUCUUCAUUUGGUAGAAUCAGUUCAUUAGGCGAUAAGGCAAAUUUUGAAAUGAAAAUCAAUGGUCAUAUGAGUAACAGUGAAAAUUACAAUACUGACAGUAACAACAAUCAAUUGAAUGAUGGCAAAAAUAAUACAAGUCCUGAAGAUUUUCAGCAAGAUGAUGAAAAAAAUCUGGAACGUUCGAAAAGAUAUCAAGCUAAAAGAGUUGAAGUGAUAGACUCUACGAAAGAAGGAAAUGAAUCGGAAAAUCUGAAAGAAGUCAGCAGUAGAUUAACUACAAAAAAAGGCACUAAAGUCAUUCAGGAUGAAAAUAUGAGAAAUAAAGAAUUGGAAUCUGAAAAUUCUCGACUAACUGCUGAAGUUGAACGACUGAAAACUCGCUUAAGACUGUACGAAGAGCUUGCAUCUGCAAUGAAUUCCAACAUGGCGGCAUUUCAUCCAGUUAUACCUUUAUCACUUAUGAAUUCUAAUGAAUUGAAUAACGGGAGUAAUUCUAUACCAUUAACGUCUAGUUCAACAGUAAAACGUGCGAUAUCAUUAAUCCCAUCAUCAAAUACUAAUUCAUCAUCAUUCCCAAAUGGAUUGAAAUCAGAAAAUGAUUCCACAUUUCAGGAACACUUGUCCACAACAAUGCGUCAAGCAGUCAAUUUCAACGUUCAUGAAUUAAUAAAAAUGGAGGAAAUUGAACAGGAGAACAAGAAGAAAGGCAGCAUAGAACAUCUUUCUAACUAUUCAAGGUUUUUCCAAAGCUAA